AUGGAGGAAUCUAUUUAAAAAGAUUUAAUUCGCUCAAUUUUUUAAUUAAAAUACUGCUCAAUUCAUUUUCAUGAAUAUUAUCUGUCUUUAUCGCUUUUCUCAAGCUGUCUUGUUUUAAAUUAAGAGGCUUAUUUUCACCUUCUUUUAAUUGAUUAAAUGGUGAAUCAGCAGAGGUACAAGUAUUUUCAUAUCUAACUGACCGGCUAUGAAAUUCAUUUUAGUCAUUUUAUAAUUACAACGACCUUCCUAAUGUGCAAAUUAACUAAAUAUUGUUGUUUUAAUUUAAUCUCUGGUUAUAACUUUUUAUUCUAAAGCCAGCCUAGCUUUUCUAAAUAAUAAAUUUUGAUUUUUAAUGCAAACCUUUUUUUAUGGAUUACUAAUGCUCGAAGCACUUAUUUGCAAAAUUUACACUUCCUUCUAUUAAAAGGGCUGCGCGACGCUUUUUAUUUCAUUCAUUUUGACCGGACUCUUAAUUGCUUUCUAUUAUUCUUCUUAAGAUGA